AUGUCUCACCGAAAGUUCGAGGCCCCCGUCACGGUUCGUUGGCUUACCUGCCGCGAAAGCGCGCUGCCCGCCACCGAGGAAAGGUCAAGUCGUAAGUCAUACCCCCAAAAGUUUACCCGCUUCCCGCCGCUUUCUCCCAGACCGGAGAUGGGGACAAGAUGCGCUUGCUUCCCCAAGGAUGACCCCAAGAAGCCCGUCCACCUCACUGCCGCCAUGGGCUACAAGGCCGGCAUGACGACCAUCGUCCGCGACGUCGACCGUCCCGGUGCCAAGUCGCACAAGAAGGAAGUCGUCGAGGCCGUUACUAUCGUCGAUACCCCUCCCAUGAUCGUUCUCGAGCGCAUCAAGAAGUACUGCACCGUUGUCCGUGUCCUUGCCCACACCCAGCUUCGCUUGACCCCCAUCAAGCAGAAGAAGGCGCACCUCAUGGAGAUCCAGGUCAACGGUGGCUCGAUCGCCGACAAGGUCGAGUUCGGCCACAAGCUCUUCGAGAAGCCCGUCAGCAUCGACAGCGUUUUCGAGCACAACGAGAUGAUUGAUGUCAUCGCCGUCACCAAGGGUCACGGAUACCACGGUGUCACCUCCCGUUGGGGCACCAAGAGGCUUCCUCGCAAGACCCACAAGGGUCUCCGCAAGGUCGCUUGUAUCGGACCCUGGCAUCCUGCCCACGUCCAGUGGACUGUUGCCCGCUCCGGUCAGAAGGGUUACCAUCACCGUACCUCGGUCAACCACAAGGUUUACCGUAUUGGCAAGGGUGAUGAGGACAACAACGCCUCUACCGAGCUUGAUCACACCGCUAAGAAGAUCACUCCUCUCGGUGGUUUCGUCCGCUAUGGUGAGGUCAAGAACGACUUCGUCAUGCUCAAGGGCUCUAUCCCCGGUGUCAAGAAGCGAAUCAUGACUCUCCGCAAGUCCAUGUUCGUGCACACUUCCAGGAAGGCGCUCGAGAACAUCCAGCUCAAGUGGAUCGACACCUCGUCCGAGUUCGGACACGGUGCCUUCCAGACGCCGGCGGAGAAGAAGCAGUACCAGGGUACUCUCAAGAAGGACCUCGUCGAGGCGUAA